AUGGUGUCCAACUACCUUCUUCUCGAGGAGCCCCUCAGGAUGUCCUCCGUUCUCGAGCCAUCUAAGCCUAGUUUCUUUCCAGCCAUGACUAAGAUAGUUGGGACAUUAGGCCCGAAUUCGCGGUCCGUCGAAGUUAUUUCUGGCUGUCUCAAAGCUGGAAUGUCUGUUGCAAGGUUCGAUUUCUCGUGGGGAGAUGCUGAAUUUCACCAAGAAACAUUAGAGAACUUGAAAGUGGCCAUCAAGACAACCAAAAAACUCUGUGCGGUUAUGCUUGAUACAGUGGGCCCAGAACUGCUUAUAGUCAACAAGUCCGAGCAACACAUUUCCCUCGAGGAAAAUUCUUUCAUUGUCCUUACACCUGAUCAAGAUAAAGAAGCUAAUUCAAAUCUACUUCCCAUUAACUUCAAUGGGUUAUCCAAGGCUGUAAAAAAGGGAGAUGACAUUUUCAUUGGACAAUACUUGUUCACUGGAAGUGAAACAACUUCGGUUUGGCUGGAGGUGUCCGAGGUGAAAGAAGACGAUGUUGUUUGUCUGAUCAAGAAUUCUGCCACAUUAGACGGGCCAUUGUACACAUUGCAUGUCUCUCAAAUCCAUAUUGACCUCCCGACUCUCACUGAUAACGAUAAGGAGGUUAUAAGCACUUGGGGACUUCGAAACAAGAUAGACUUCCUUUCUCUUUCUUAUGCUCGACGGGCAGAAGAUGUUAAACAUGCACGUGAGUUUCUUUCUAAAUUCGGUGACCUCAACCAGACACAAAUAUUCGCAAAGAUUGAAAAUGUUGAGGGUUUGAUUCAUUUUGAUGAGAUUCUCCGAGAAGCAGAUGGCAUAAUCCUCGCUCGCGGGAAUCUCGGGAUAGAUCUACCACCUGAGAAGGUAUUUUUAUACCAAAAGGAAGCUCUUUACAAAUGCAAUAUUGCUGGGAAGCCAGCAGUGGUCACGCGUGUUGUGGACAGCAUGACAGACAACCUAAGACCGACUCGUGCUGAGGCAACUGAUGUUGCCAAUGCUGUACUGGACGGGAGUGAUGCUAUCCUUUUGGGUGCCGAAACACUGCGGGGAUUGUACCCUAUUGAGACAAUAUCAACUGUUGGUAAGAUUUGUGCAGAGGCAGAAAAGGUUUACAAUCAAGAUCUCUAUUUCAAAAAGACAGUCAAGUAUGUCGGUGAACCCAUGACGCACCUCGAAUCAAUAGCUUCCUCUGCAGUAAGGGCUGCCAUCAAGGUGAAGGCAUCGGUCAUUAUUUGUUUCACUUCAUCCGGACGAGCUGCAAGGUUAAUUGCCAAGUACCGACCCACAAUGCCUGUUUUAUCUGUUGUUAUCCCACGUCUGAAGACGAAUCAGCUACGCUGGACCUUUACUGGUGCUUUCGAGGCAAGGCAAUCUUUGAUAGUGCGAGGGCUUUUCCCCAUGCUAGCUGAUCCUCGACAUCCUGCAGAACACACAACUGCAACGAAUGAGUCCGUUUUAAAGGUUGCUUUGGAAUACGGAAAAUCCUCUGGCGUUAUAAAAUCCCAUGACCGUGUUGUCGUUUGCCAGAAAGUAGGCGAUGCGUCAGUCGUCAAGAUCAUCGAGCUCGAAGAUUAG